CAAUUAUUAACGAUUAUAGAACACCGAACAGCCAAUGUAGCGUACCAAUAUUUACCAAAACAAUAUUUUUAACUGACUAAAUAGAUAAAAUCAACAAACAUAUAUUUAAUAAACAACAGCAGUUAUAAAGUGUAAUUAUGUGAAGUUAGUAGCGUGUGACCUAAGUUUGUGUUAAUGAAAAUGCCAGAUACCGAAAAUCUUGUUCAUUUUCGGGUCGUGAGGUUUAUUUAUGAAGCAGGACUGAAGCUGCGCAUGAGGACAAUUCCUCUUUCAACAACAUGUGUGCUGUAUCAUAGAUUCUUUAGAGAAAACAAAUUGGAUGACUUUGACCCAUAUUUGAUAGCUGCCACAUGCUUGUAUCUGGCUGGCAAAGUGGAAGAGGAGCAGCACAUCAGCUUGAGAGAUGUUGUCAAUGUGACAUACAGAACUCUGAACCGUGAGAAGCCACCUCUAGAGAUGGGAGACAAGUACUGGCAGUAUCGCGACACCAUCGUCAACUGUGAGCUAUUCCUGCUGAGGAGUUUGCACUUUAAAUCCGUCGUCUACCACCCACACAAAUUCAUACUUCAUUACCUGAAAUACCUUGAAGACUGGUUCGACCCAAUCACGUGGUCAGCGUUCCCACUGACGCGCACAUGCUGGGGUAUUCUGCGAGACUCGUACCAUUCCCCCAUCGCUCUGCGCUUCAAGCCACAGCACAUCGCCAUUGCGGUCAUAUACAUGGGCCUGCUUAGCCACGGUCUCGAGGUGCCAUUUAACAAGACUGCGGAUUCCCCAUGGUGGAAGGUUUUUAAAGAGGACAUCACGCUGAAUGAAAUCAAAGACAUCAUCAAUGAAAUAGUCUACGCAUACGACAUGGAAAACAUGCUCCAGACAUAAAUGUGAACAGUAAAAUUACACAAAGUGCUCUAUACUGUGACAAACCUAUGUAAUUUUCGACUUUUUUAAGAUAAGUCCAAUCAGUGUUUUUUAAAUGUAAUUAGAAAAUUUAAACAUUUUACUAUUAGAAAGUGGAUGUUUUACUAACACUUGUCUAAAACUUGACAUUAUUUCUUAUCAUAAUCAUUGUUAUAUCAUACAUUGCCUUCAAAACAUCUUUGUCACAGAAGUGACAUGAACUUUGUGGUAAAGUGCACCACAAUGUGGUGAUAUCGAUCAUGAUUUACUUGUAUGUGAUUUCUGGAAUAAAAUUCCAUUCAAAUGAA